GUGUGGACGGAAAUCCUCACCACAGUGCGCCGGAACUACCCCUUCUUCAACCGCACCAACGGCCGAGAUCACUUCAGCAUCCUCACGCUCGAUCACGGCCGUUGCCACUCGCUCACGUUCGUGGACCCGGGCCUCGUGGGCGAGAUGUUCUUUGUGACUUAUAACGGGGACAAGCUUGUGAGGAGUGUACACGCGAGCAAAGAGCGCAACAUGCAGGCCAUAACGUACAACUACAAGCUCCCUGUCGACCCUUCACUGCCAGACAUCCCCUGCUACCUGCCGGAUCGAGACAUUGUCGUGCCCGUGCUCGUGAGCAAGGGGCUACCGCUGGUGGCACCGUGGGAGGGCGAGAGGGACCGCACUGUGCUGUUCCGGUUUGGCGCGGGCCAGCAUCACGGGGUGCCGAUUUGGCACCACGGGCACCAGAUUCGGAAGGAGUUAUUAGAGCUGUACACGCACGCAGGGUACGAGGGGUGGGACUUUGCAGAGAAGGGCGAGGGGGAGACGGAUCCUGAUUGGCGGAGGGCUGUCUUCUGCAUCUGCCCUCCGGGACACUCCCAGUGGACCAGCCGCCCCUUCAAGGCGCUCAUCUCAGGAUGCAUCCCAGUGACGUUCUUUCGAGGCCACCACAACCCGUGCCAGGACGAGCUAAACCAGCACACAACCAUACUCUCCCCCGCAUCUCCCCCUCUCCCUUGCUCCCAACGGGUGCUCAUCUCAGGAUGCAUCCCAGUGACGUUGUUCCGCAAGAACGACAACCCCUGGGGCGACAAGCUGGACUAA